AUGCCUCGGCGAAACAAAUCACCGUCUUACAGCAACAAAAGAAGCUACUCUUCAAUGCCAGCCCAUCCACCAAGUUCGACCAAAGAAAAAUCCCAACCAGGUGUCUUCGGGCAGAUGGCUGCAACCGCUGGUGGUGUAGCAGUGGGAUCAGCCGUGGGACACGCCGUUGGUCGAGCUGUGUCUGGGAUGUUUGGUGGAGGAUCUCAUCAACAAGACCAAAGGUACGAAGAGCCUGUUGGACCUUGCGCGAAGGAGAUUAAACAAUUUUUGGAUUGCGCUGCUACUCACAGCGAUAUAAAUUUGUGCCAAGGGUUUAACGAUGCCAUCAAGGCUUGCAAGGAGAAGAAUAAUAUCAUGUGA